AACAACAGCAACCACAACAACAACAGCAACAGCAACAACAGUCGCCAAGCCUGUGCAUGGUCGACGUAACUAAUCCAUCCAAGCGCUCGAAGACGAACGACAACCAACCCCCACCUGUUUCAUGCGACAUGACUCCAGCCAUUGCAGCCGCGCCACAACCUGGCGACGGAAGGAGACGGCAGCUGCAACCUCUCAGGCUCAAUCUGGAGCGUCCACCGGAACGCACGCCUUCAGAUGAAAGCGACGACCUGCCCGUUGCACUCAGCCUCCCAAGCGAGUGAACGUCAGGCUACCAGACGAGUGUGCUGCGGGUUUGAGAUGCGUGCCUUCG